CAUUCACAUCAGGAAAACUCUGUCUCCUCCCAGCAGUGUUUACUAGUGCUUCUAGCAGUGAACAGUGUCCAACAGUGCUUCUAGCGGUGAUACACGGUGUCUAACAGUGUUUCUAGCAGUGAUUAACAGUGUUUAACAGUGCCUCUAGGGUUAAGCAGACUUUUUAUCAACUUUGAGUGCCUCUGAUAGUUAGCGGCAGUGCCGUGGUCAGUGACCUAGCGCAGCAGUGCCGUGGUCAGUGACCUAGUGCAGCAGUGCCGUGGUCAGUGACCUAGCGCAGCAGUGCCGUGGUCAGUGACCUAGCGCAGCAGUGCCGUGGUCAGUGACCUAGUGCAGCAGUGCCGUGGUCAGUGACCUAGCGCAGCAGUGCCGUGGUCAGUGACCUAGCGCAGCAGUGCCGUGGUCAGUGACCUAGCGCAGCAGUGCCGUGGUCAGUGACCUAGCGCAGCAGUGCCGUGGUCAGUGACCUAGUGCAGCAGUGCCGUGGUCAGUGACCUAGCGCAGCAGUGCCGUGGUCAGUGACCUAGCGCAGCAGUGCCGUGGUCAGUGACCUAGCGCAGCAGUGCCGUGGUCAGUGACCUAGCGCAGCAGUGCCGUGGUCAGUGACCUAGCGCAGUAUCUACGCAUCACUGCGUAAUUUAACGCAGAAAUGUCCAGCUCUGAGUGUUAGGUUGUGAGUCUGAUUGUACUCCCCAUGAUGCAUAACUCACCCACCCCUGCUGAUCAGGCGCUGCUGGAGGCGGUGAGGGAGGGUGAUGAAGAUGCUGCCUUGAGAGCCCUUGGCACUGGUGCCAGCAUCAACACUCUCCUGCCAGAGUGGGACCCCAUCAUGCCGUUUGCCUCACUCCUGAUCCUGGCCUCUGAGAGGAACAGUCCCAGCAUGAUACGCCUCUUGCUGGCCGCUGGUCAUCACGUGGACAAUAGAGGACAGUUCCAGUACACACCACUGCAGUGUGCCAUCCACCUUGGUCACAACAACUGUGUCAAGGAACUGCUUGCUGCCGGUCCUCACCUGGAAGCAACAGAUCAAGGUGGUAAGAUCUCUAUUUACCUGCUUAGCAUGGGCCAGUAGGCCUGAUGCAGUGCUCCUUCUCAUGUUCUCCCCAACCAGCAAACCAGAUGCUAAGGGUCGGACAAUGGGGCCCCAGUGUCAGACCAGUAUCCAGGUUCAGCCAAUAAGAAGGUGGAUCU